CUCACACUUUUGACGGACACCUGAACAACAGACCAGGAGCCUUUUCCCUGCGUUCUGAAGGGUUUUGUUUGUCAGACAAUCCGUGGACUUGCUAUUUAAGUUUUGUUCUGUCAUCAGGCAAAGAGCCAGCAUGUCGAUGGGCAUGGAGAUUGUGGGCAUUGCCCUUGGAGUCCUUGGAUUUAUCAUUGCUAUAGUUACAUGUGCCCUGCCAAUGUGGAGGGUGACAGCCUUCAUCGGAGCAAACAUCAUCACCGCUCAGACCAUCUGGGAGGGAUUGUGGAUGAACUGUGUCACCCAGAGCACAGGCCAGAUGCAGUGCAAGGUCUACGACUCAUUGCUGGCUUUGCCCCAAGAGCUGCAGGCCUCCAGAGCGAUGAUGAUCAUCGCCAUCAUACUUGGGGUAUUAGGGGUCAUGAUCUCCAUUGUCGGUGCCAAGUGCACGAACUGCAUUGAAGAUGAGCCAUCGAAGGCCAAAGUGAUGAUCAUCUCUGGAAUCUUCUUCCUCCUCGCUGGCCUUUUGGUCCUCAUCCCCGUCUCCUGGACCGCCAGUGUCAUUAUCAAGGAUUUCUACAACCCCCUCCUGACCAACGCACAGAGGAGGGAGCUGGGGGCAUCCCUCUACAUCGGCUGGGGGGCAGCUGCCCUGCUCCUGAUUGGCGGGGCAAUGCUGUGCAGCAGCUGCCCACCAAACGAAGAGAAGUAUAAGCCACCCCGGAUGGCGUACUCAGCCCCACGCAGCACCAGUGCAGGUGGAGGGUAUGACAGGAAAGAUUAUGUUUGAACGGCCCUGAAGUGGCUCACAGAUUGACUUGGAAAGGAAGAUAGAAUUAAUUGUUUGUUGCACAAGUGUUUUUAUGUGUGUGUGUGUGUGUGUGAGUUGAUUUUUGCUGUCUGAAACCACAGGGUGAAUCUCACGAAAAGACUCCAAGAUGAAGAUGUAUGUACAAAUAUUGAUCUUUCUGCUUUGCUUUUGGCUGACAUGAAUAUUUACAUCAUUUUAAUGCCUUUGCUGCACUAUAAAUCAGUAGUUGUGCCUUGUUAAAGAGGCCCUCAUUUCCAGACUAUGAACAUGAGAGCCUGUUUUCCAGUAAAACCUAAUUUCAUUCUUUUGAAAUGUCAAAAUGCAUUCCACAGAGCAAAUGUUGUAUUUAUUCAAAAACUUCUGUGGCAUUACGUGGAUUUGAAAACUGCCUGCUACUUGUGUGUGUGGCUUUAUCAUUAGCCGGUUGGUGUCAUGUUUCACUGAAACUCCCAGUUAAAACACUGUGUGUCACUUCAAUGACAAUGACGAGGAAGAGCCAGGUGUCAUUUUACAUGGAUUUGGUUGCGUGAUUGUUUGCGUGCAAGACUGUGUGUGCGUGUGUGUGUGUGUGUGUGUUUUGCAUGUAAUAUUUGCUUAGGAGAGUUUCUGCUGAGACUGAAACUAAAGAUGGAUCCAGGAUAGGGCCCCAGGUAAAAACUCAAUCUUACUCACAUUUUUACUGUUUUACGACAAGGAGACUGUUUCAGUUGGCAUGCAAGGUCUGACUUUUUAUGUGUCCAUAUGUGUGUUUAUUUUACACUUCUGUGACAAAAUGUUUUUUUAAUGUAUUGAAACGCCACAUUAUUGCGCUGUGUGUCUGUUUUUCAAAUAGAUUGGUAUUGUUGUGUCUUUAUUUCAAACAUUUUUGUAUGUUUUUCUAUUAUUUGAGAUUUUAACCAAUUCCCUGUACAGUCUUAUGUAUAUCAAACAAAGAAACAAAGGAUGUCUUUAGUUUGUGUGUGUGUGUGUGUGUGUGUGUGUG